GGUUGAUAGAGCUUGGAUAUAAAGGCCUCGCUGGGCUCCUGUCUCUGUGGAGGUGACUCUUAAGCUCUACCGGCUUACUCGUCUUCGUAUUGAUCAAGCAUAUCUCCUGUCACCAUGGCUCCCAAGAUCAAGGCUAGUGCUACGCACCAGACAGAGGUUGCAAUUGCACAAGCCGAAGCACCAGAGCUUGAACGCGUCAACUGGCGUCAAGAUCCAGGCUUGAGAAAGCUUUACUUCUUUGCUGCCAUCAUCUGUGUUGCUUCUGCAACCACUGGCUAUGAUGGGUCUAUGCUGAACAACAUACGCAUCCUGCCGCAAUGGACGGACUAUUUCAACGAUCCUCAGGGGUCCAACCUCGGUAUUCUGACUGCUCUUUACAGUAUUGGCUCAAUUGCUAGUCUGCCGAUUGUUCCGUUCAUCUCGGACCAUUUCGGUCGCAGAUGGGCUAUUAUUCUAGGCUGCUUCAUCAUGAUCAUUGCCGCUGCGAUCCAAGGUGCUUCUCAGAACCUUGCGAUGUUCAAAGGCGGCCGCUUCCUCAUGGGUUUUGGAAACAGCAUGGCUCAAUUGUCGUCUCCCUUGUUGCUUACCGAGCUUUGUCACCCUCAGCACCGCGGUAGAGUCACAGCAAUUUACAAUUGUCUCUGGAAUCUGGGAGCCAUCAUCAAUACCUGGCUCUCCUUUGGGACCAAGCGUAUUCCCACCGACUGGUCAUGGCGGAUUCCAACCAUUGUACAAGGCGCUCCAUCCGUCAUUCAGAUCAUUUUCAUCUGGUGGAUCCCGGAAUCUCCUCGCUGGCUUAUCUCGAAAGACCGCCAGGAUGAGGCACUCGCUGUUCUUGCUAAAUACCACGCAAAUGGCAACGCCCUACAUCCGACUGUCCAGUUUGAAUACGCCGAGAUCAAGGAGACACUACGUCUCGAGUUCAUCGCCAAAAAGUCCUCCAGCUACCUCGACUUCCUCAAGUCCAAAGGCAAUCGAUAUAGAUUCUUACUGGUGGUCUCUCUGGGUCUCUUCUCUCAGUGGUCUGGCAACGGCCUCGUUUCUUACUAUUCGGCCGAUAUCUACAAAUCAAUCGGCAUCACGAGCUCCGAUGCGCAGCUUGGUCUGAAUGGCGGGUUGACCAUUUGGUCUCUGAUUGUGUCUUGUACCUGUGCCCUGCUUUGUGAUCGAGUGGGCAGACGUCCGCUGUUCAUCGCCGCGACCCUCGGUAUGCUGUUGUGCUUCAUCGCCUGGACAAUUUGCGCGGCCGUUUACCAGGACAACGGCAACAAAGCAGCCGGCCAGGCAGUCGUGGCCUUCAUCUGGCUCCACGGGACCACCUACGCCCUGGCGUGGUCCGGUCUGUUGGUCGGGUAUACUGUCGAGAUCAUGCCGUUCAAGAUCCGUGCCAAGGGUCUCAUGGUCAUGAACUUCUGGGUUCAAGUCGCGCUGGUGAUCAACCAAUACGUCAAUCCGCUUGGCUUCAAGCAUUUGCAGCCGAACUGGAAGCUGUACACCAUUUACACUUGCUGGAUCGCAUUUGAACUCGUCUUCGUGUACUUCCUUUACGUCGAGACUCGUGGACCUACUCUGGAGGAGAUCGCGAAGAUCUUCGAUGGUGAAGAAGCUGAGGUGGCUCAAGUCGAUAUUGACAAGGCACGUCUCGCAAGCGCCGUUGAGAAGAACGACACUACCGUUGAGCAUCGCAAUGUGGUCUAAGCCUCCAGCUUGGGCGUGGGCAUGGCCUCGGAGAAGAAUGAAGGUGGCCAAGGGCACAUCCCUGACGGGAGGACUGCAUGUGGACACAAUGGACCCAGAUAGUAGAAGCUGUGGGAUGCCC